AGUAGGGUUAGGACAGAUGUAAUUUACAGAGAUUUUCAUAAAUAUAUAAAUUUGCGUUAAUAAAUUUGAUUUAAUCUUAUAUGAAAAAGCAAAUAAGCAGUUUGCAACUAUAUGCAUGAUUUAUUAUUGUUUUUAAACAAAGUCAGUGAUAAGAAAUCAGUUUGAAGGUCGCGAUGAGGAUUGGUGUUUUUUGCACCUUGACCACGUUAGUAGGAUUAUAUAAAAGGUAUAAGUCGAAGGUUAGUUGAGUGUAAACAAAGUAAACACAACAAUGGGACCAUUAGUAGGAGCAAUAGAUGAGGGAACAUCAAGUGCAAGGUUCUUAUUAUUCAAAGCAGGAACUGCGGAAGUUGUAGCUUCUCAUCAAGAAGAGCUCGCACAAAUUCAUCCUAAGGAGGGAUGGGUGGAACAAGACCCCAUGGAAAUCCUCAGAAUCGUGGAAAGUUGCAUAGAAAACACAAUAGACAAAUUGAUUUCACUAGGAGGAUGUGUCGAUGACAUUGUAUCAGUUGGAAUUACAAAUCAAAGAGAAUCGACAGUAUUAUGGGAUAGAAUAACUGGAAAGCCUUUAUAUAAUUCAAUUGUAUGGUUAGAUGUACGAACAUCAUCUACUGUUGAUAUUCUUCUUGACAAAGUUCCAAAUAAAACAAGAAAUAAAAAUUAUUUGAAACCUCUAUGUGGCCUUCCUUUAUCGCCUUACUUUAGUGGUGUAAAAAUUAAAUGGCUUCAAGAAAACAUACCUGAAAUUAAAAAAUCCAUGGCAGCAGGUACUUGCAUGUUUGGUACCAUAGAUUCCUGGUUGAUAUGGAACCUAACUGGGGGAAUAGAAGGUGGAGUGCAUGUAACAGAUGUUACUAAUGCUUCCAGGACAAUGUUAAUGAAUAUAGAUAACUUAAAAUGGGAUCCAGUACUUAUUAACUUUUUUGACAUUCCUAGCAGCAUAUUACCUCAAAUCAGAUCAAGUUCUGAGGUUUAUGGUAGUAUUAGCUAUGGAUCUCUGAAAGGGGUGAAGAUAGCUGGUUGCCUUGGAGAUCAACAGUCAGCUUUAGUAGGACAACAGUGUUUAAAUAGAAGUCAGGCAAAAGCAACAUAUGGAACUGGUUGCUUUUUGUUAUACAAUACAGGACCCAUAAAAGUUAGUAGUGCCCAUGGUCUACUUACCACAGUGGCUUACAAAUUUGGUCCAGACACACCGGCCGUAUAUGCUUUGGAAGGGUCUGUUGCUAUAGCAGGUGCAGCUGUAAAUUGGCUUAGAGAUAAUCUUACAGUUCUACCUUCUUUUGGUGAUGCUCAGGAAAUUGCUGAAAAGGCUGAAACAAUCGAAACUGGAGAAGUGUAUUUUGUUCCUGCUUUUAGUGGGUUAUAUGCACCAUAUUGGCAGCAAGAGGCCAGAGGAGUAAUAGUUGGUAUAUCAGAAGAUACAGAAGCAUGUCACAUUGUAAGAGCUACUUUAGAAGCUGUUUGUUAUCAAACCAGAGAUAUUUUAGAAGCAAUGAAUAAUGAUUAUGGAUCUACAUUAUCAAUUUUACAGGUAGAUGGCGGUAUGACCGCAAACCCCCUUCUUAUGCAAAUGCAGGCCGAUUUAGCCGGCGUUACAGUACAAAAACCAACGAUGGCGGAAAGCACGGCUCUGGGUGCAGCCAUGGUUGCCGGAGCUGCUGUUGGUCAUUGGGAUCUAGAAAAAACGUUGAACAUUCCUUCGGUAAAAUGGACGUCACAGUUUACAGAAAACGAAAGAGAUAUUCGUUAUGCUAAAUGGAAAAUGGCCGUAGAACGUGCAAUGGGUUGGGAUAUGUCUGUCUAAUAAUUUAUAUGUCGGAUCAACAUAAAUAUUUACUUAUAUUGAUUUUUAUUACAGAAUCGCUGAAUAAAUAGUUCUCUUGGUACUUUAUUCAAAAUACUCUACUUCUGUUCGUUUGGUGGUCUGUUACAUUUAAGAAUGGUCACUGGCCUCUAACCUAAAGACGUGUAUGUUAAAAGUUGCCUCUUACUUGAAAGUACAUCUGUUAAAGGUGGCCUUUUACAUAAAAUACAGCUAACUAUUACAGUUACAAUUAUUAAAAUAAUAUAUUUAUACAUCUACAAUUUUAUAGUCCUUUUUUGUUCCAUCUCCUUAUCUUACUGAUAACAUAUGGGAAUAAUGGCUAGUUGAAAUAUCGUUAAUGGACUUUGGGUGUGAGUUUUUGUCGUGGGUCGCUGCGUUCUUUGAAAAACUGUUUAAAAAAUACAGGGUUGCAUAAAUAUUAAGUUUGUUGGUCUCAAGAUCUAUUGAGGAAGUGGUGAAGCGUAAACAGACUAUGGUUUCUUUGUAAAGACAAG